AUGCAGUACCCGUCUGACGAGAACGAAAACGUUAUUGUUGGUAUCCGUAAUCCGGCAAUGAGCGAAGAAGAGCUGAAGCAGAAAGCACAACGUGAAUUGGCAACUGCUAAAGAUCCGGUAGAACGAUUAAGAUUGCAGUGUCUGUUGAGAGGUAAUGCUGGCAUCAAAUCGUUGGGCAGAUCAUUUCGCAUUAUGGAUGACAACGAAAACCGAAAGUUGGGUUACGAUGAAUUCAAGAAGGGAUUAGCGGAUUUUGGUGUCACAAUGGACGAAGCUGAAGUUAGCAGUGCAUUCAACCGAUUUGACAAAGAUAAUUCGGGCUUCAUAGAUUUCGAUGAAUUUCUGUUAGCACUUCGGCCUCCAAUGUCCAAAGCCCGACUAGACAUAAUUGAUCAAGCAUUUAAAAAGUUGGAUAAAACUGGCGAUGGUGUCGUUACUGUAGAUGAUAUGCAAGGUGUUUAUAAUUAUCAAAGACAUCCGCAAUACAUAUCUGGUGAAAAAACCAAGGAAGACCUAUUCAAGCAAUUUCUUGCAAAUUUUGAAGUUGAUGGUCAUGUUGACGGCAAGGUAACAAAAGAAGAAUUUCUGAAUUAUUAUGCUGGUAUAUCUGCCUCAAUUGAUACAGAUGUGUAUUUUGACCUAAUGAUGAGAAAUGCCUGGAAAUUAUGA